AUGUCAGAUGCGAAGACAUCCAAAAUACCUUUGGAUACUGGAUAUUUCAAAAACCAAACAACGGAUGAUGAGCUUUUAGACGACAAUGAAAUUUAUCGAAAAGCUAUUGGCUCACUUCUUUACUUAUCAGAAAAUACUAGGCCGGACAUAGCAGCAGCUGUUUCAAUUCUUAGCAGAAAAGGAUCCUGUCCUACUCAGCGUGAUUGGAACGAAGUUAAACGCAUUUUAAGGUACUUGAAAGGAACUCAACAGCUACAGCUUUGUGUUGGAUGCAAUCAAAAUUCAAUACUUGUUGGAUAUGCCGAUGCAGAUUGGGCUUCAGACGUUAAGGGACAAAAAUUCACAAGCGUAUAUUUAUUUAAAUUCGGAGAAGCUACAAUUAGUUAUGCAAGUAAAAAGCAAGGAUUGAUUGCACUUUCAUCAACUGAUGCAGAGCUUGUCGCUUUAGCAGAAGCAACUUAA